UCGAACACGCGAUAGCAGGUGAAAUUAAUGGGGGGAAAGGCGAUAAGAAGGAGAGAGAAGAACUACAGAGCUGCUCAUGACGGCGGCAACAGCACCCGUCUGCCGCCGCCACCUGUUGCUUCCUCCAUUGAUGCUCUCCCGUCAAAACUUCGCAAAUUGAUGUCCUUUGCAGGAUCUGCAAAGGAACCACUGAAUUUUGGGAAGAAAAGAAUAGGAGAUGGAGCUGAUAAGGCAGCUCGUUCGGCAGAAGGAUCAGAAUCUAGUACUGCAGGGAUGAAAAGAAAAAGAGAUGGUAAGGAUUUGAUGGAACAACAAAAGGGGCAAGGAGAUGAAGACCCUGAAAUGAGCAAGAACGAGAAGAAGAAAAAGAAGAGGAAAAGUAAAGUAGCUGAUGACCUCCGGUUUAAGGCAUUGGAUACACCAGCUGCUGGUUCGCGGAGAAAAGAGCGCAAAAAGAAGCUGUUGGAAGCAAAAAAGAAGAAACAACAGAAGGCCCAGACAGAAGAUGACAUGGACUUUCGUGGCCGUGAAGAGAUUAAGUUUGGGGAUAUCGUUCAGGCACCUCCGAAGUUAACUGCUGUUCCCAAGUUGUCCAAGGCAACUGGAUUCCAUGAUGCUUCACAAGAAAGACUUCGCUUACAGGCAGUCGAAGCCUACAGAAAACGUAAAGGAUGGGAAUCAAGGCCAGGGAUUAAGCUUUCAGCACCUGUGACUACAACAAGUUUCUUUUAAAUGCGCAGCAAACAGGCACGCAAUAUCUCUACUGGAAGAUGGAAAUCAUGGAAGUGUAGGAAUAGUGUCAUUUUCCAUGAUUUCUGUAUGACCUAUAACUGUAGAUAUCCUGUACCUGUGAUGAGAGCUAGUCGGAGAGUUGAUGUAAGAGCAAUUCUAGUAUCUUCACACUCUAGUUUAAAUCAGAAGCUUUUUAUUUAUCUUA